UUUCUUGGAGAAGUUCUGAUUGACUUGUCAAACACAGCCCAGCUGGACAACACUCCUCGCUGGCUGCCUUUAAGAGAGCAGAGUGAGAGCAUCGAACACAGCAGAGCUCACCUUGCGACCCAAGCACCACCGGGUUCUGGAACUGGUCAGGGGCAAGGCCAGGGCUACUUGUCUGGGUCUGGACUGGGGCAUGGAAUGGGCCCAGGUCAAGCACCAGGUCAGGGAGAUGAGAGUCAUGAUUCACCUAAAAACUCUGUGAUUAAGAGCAGAAGCCACGGGAUUUUCCCCGAUCCAGGAAAAGACGUGCAAAUUUUGCCUUUGGAAAAGUCACACAGCAGUCCUGGCAGCUCCAAAUCUUCAUCCGAUGGCCAGCUGCGCUCCCACGGCCCAUCUCGGAGUCAAAGCAAGAGCAGCGUCACUCAGGCCCACCUUGAGGAUGCUGGGAUAGCCAUUGCUGCCGCCGAGGCUGCCGUGCAACAAUCCCGCCUGCAACCAAGACUGGGACACCGGCUGGCUGAUGUCUCAGGUUCAGUGGUCCUGUCUGCCCCAAGCCUUGUUGGAGAUGCCUAUGGAGGUCAGGAUGGGGAGGAAGGGGUGGGCAUUGGAGUGGACAGCGCCAUUUUCCAAGUCCCACGAAUAGGUAAAGCUGUUCCUAAUGGCACUGACAAAAACCAACAAAUCACCCCAGAAAAUGAAGGUGGAAAAACACAAGUAAUAGGAGAAAUCAAGGUCGCUCUCAAGAAGGAGGUGAAGACGGAGGGGGAUCAGCUGGUCUUGGAAAUCCUUCAGUGCAGAAAUAUCACUUACAAGUUCAAAACUCCAGACCACCUACCAGACCUGUAUGUGAAGCUGUAUGUGGUGAACGUGGCCACUCAGAAAAGGAUCAUCAAGAAAAAGACCAGAGUUUGCCGCCAUGACAGAGAGCCUUCCUUUAAUGAGACCUUCAGGUUCCCUCUCAAUCCAACAGGACAUUCUAUACAGCUUUUCUUAGUGUCUAACGGUGGCAAGUUUUUGAAGAAAACCUUGAUCGGGGAAGCUUACAUCUGGCUGGACAAAGUGGACAUGAGGAAGAGAGUGGUCAGCUGGCACAAGCUGUUCGCCAGUCCCAACCAGACGAUUCCCUGAGCGUCCAGACAACAACAAAAAGUGCAGAUUCAGCAGAUGGUAAAAGUGAACGCAGAGACAUGAUCUGACAAAAGAUUGGUUAAAAUACAAAAAAAAAAAAAUAAUUAAAA